GCGAAACGAGUGGGCAGCCCUCCUUCUUCCAGCCCUCAGAUACUACAACGCAACACUCACGCAUCAACACUACAUUGUUUCAAUACUGACGUUCACAGCAGCGUUUGGACGUGAUUCUAAACAAUUCCACGCUCCUCUAACCCCACGGAAUCACAGGCAACGUCGGGGCAGGACCAGGGCGAGACGGCUGGAAGCGAUGCUUGAACAUGGGGGCUCGCCGAGGUCGCUCCAUAGGCUGACCGGGAUGGUGCUGUGAAAGGGACGAAGGUGCUGAUUGCGAAUUGUCUGGAGCAGGAAGAGCCGCCAACAACAUGACAGUUUUCAGCCAGGAGAAUGUCGAGGAACUGUAUGAAAUUGGAGAUGAGCUUGGAAGCGGUCAGUUCGCCGUGGUCAGAAGAUGCCGGAACCGAAGCACGGGCGGGGAGUACGCCGCCAAGUUCAUCAAGAAGCGGCGGAGCCGGUCGAGCCGCCGCGGGGUCACGCGCGAGGACAUCGAACGCGAGGUCAACAUCCUGAAGGAGCUGCAGCACCCCAACAUCAUCACGCUGCACCACGUGUACGAGAACAAGGCCGAGGUCAUCCUCAUCCUGGAGCUGGUGGCUGGCGGGGAGCUCUUUGACUUCCUGGCGGAGAAGGAGUCCCUGUCUGAGGAGGAGGCCACCCAGUUCCUCAAGCAGAUCCUCGACGGAGUCUUCUACCUGCACACCAAGCAGAUCGCCCACUUCGACCUCAAGCCCGAGAACAUCAUGCUGCUCAACAGGACAGUGCCUCAUCCACGAAUCAAGCUCAUCGACUUUGGCCUGGCGCACAAGAUUGACUUUGGCAACGAUUUCAAAAACAUAUUUGGAACCCCAGAGUUUGUAGCACCGGAGGUGGUGAACUAUGAGCCACUGGGCUUGGAGGCCGACAUGUGGAGUGUCGGCGUGAUAACCUACAUACUUCUGAGCGGCGCCUCCCCCUUCCUGGGCGACAACAAGCAAGAGACGCUGGCCAACGUGUCGGCCGUGGACUACACCUUCGACGAUGAGUUCUUCAGCAACACCAGCAUCCUGGCCAAAGACUUCAUCACGCGGCUCCUCAUCAAAGACCCAAAAAAGCGGAUGACCAUUAAAGACAGCCUUCUGCAUCCCUGGAUUAAGCCAAAAGACACCCAACAGGCUCUGAGCCGCAAAGAGUCUGCGGUCAACAUGGAGAAGUUCAAGAAGUUUGCCGCGCGAAGGAAAUGGAAGCAAUCUGUGCGUCUCAUCUCCUUGUGUAAUCGGCUGUCUCGCUCCUUCCUGUCACGCAGUAACAUCAGCGUGGCGCGCAGUGAUGACACGCUGGACGAAGAAGACUCCUUUGUGAUGAAGGCCAUCAUCCACGCCAUCAAUGACGACAACGUGCCGGGGCUUCAGCACCUGCUGGGCUCGCUGACGAGCUACGACGUGAACCAGCCAAACAAGCACGGUACCCCCCCUCUGCUGAUAGCGGCAGGCUGCGGGAACGUCCAGAUCAUCGAGGUGUUGAUAGCGAAAGGCGCGGAGAUCAAGGCCAACGAUAAGAGCGGGACCAACGCUAUCUAUUACGCAGCAAGACACGGACACGUCGGAACCCUGAAGUUCCUCCAUGAAAACAAGUGCCCACUGGACGUCCAAGAUAAGAGCGGGGAGACGGCCCUGCAUGUGGCCGCUCGCUACGGAAACGUGGACGUGGUCACCUACCUCUGCAGCGUCAAAGCCAACCCGGACCUGUCCGACCGGGAGCAGGAGACGCCGCUGCACUGCGCCGCCUGGCACGGCUACUCUGCGGUGGCGCGGGCCCUGUGCCAGGCCGGCGGCCACGUGGACGCCAAGAACCGCGAGGGGGAGAGCCCGCUGCUGACGGCGUCGGCGCGCGGCUUCGCCGACAUCGUGGAGUGUCUGGCGGAGCAUCGGGCCACCAUGGAGGCCACCGACAAGGACGGCCACACGGCGCUGCACCUGGCCGUACGCAGGUGUCAGCUGGAGGUGGUGCUCUGCCUGCUGAGGCACCCCUGCCACGUGGACCAGCAGGAUCGCCACGGCAACACGGCGCUGCACAUCGCGUGCAAGGACGGCAACCUGCCCAUCGUCGCCGCGAUCUGCGGGGCCAAGGCCGGACUGGACCUGCCCAACAAGUACGGCAGAACGCCCCUGCACCUCGCCUCCAACAACGGGGCUCUGGAGGUGGUCCGACAUCUGUGUCUGGCAGGAGCUAACAUCGAUGCUGUCACCAACGACGGCAAGACUGCAGAAGAUCUGGCCUCAAGCGAACAACACGAAGUCAUCUUCGUACUGCUCGGCAGGCUUAAAAAGGACAACCACAAGCUGAGCUACAUCCAGCAGCUGCGUCCCAGCCAGCUGCUGCAGCCCAGGAUCAAGCUCAAGCUGUUCGGGCACCAGGGAGUGGGCAAGAGCACCCUGCUGGAGUCCCUGAAGUGCGGCAUCCUGCGGAGCCUGUUCAGGAGGAAGAGGACGAGGGUCUCCAACCCGUCGCGCCACCCCAGCUCCCCCAUCGCCUCCAAGCCCGCCGUCUCUGUGAGCAUCUCCAACCUGUACCCCGGCUGUGAGAACGUGAGCGUGAGGAGCCGGAGCAUGAUGUUCGAGCCCAGCCUGACCAAGGGGGUGCUGGAGGUGUUCUCCCCCGUCCACAACGCCCUGUCCUCGGCCGACGAGCUGGCCACCAGGGCCAUCGACAUCCAGAACACCAACAUCAACGGCGUGGGGGACUUCAGCGUGUGGGAGUUUUCUGGGAACCCUGUGUACCAGUGUGCCUACGACUACUUUGCGGCCAACGACGUGACGGCGCUGCACCUGGUGCUGUUCAGCCUGGAGGAGCCCUACGAGACCCAGCUGGGACACAUCACCUACUGGCUCAACACGCUCAAGGCCCUCUCCCUGCCCUCGGACAACAUCGCGUUGGCAGGCCGCCUGCAGAAGCCCCUGGCCGUGUCGCUGGUGGGCACCCACGCCGACCUGGCCAACGUGCCGCGGGCCUUCUCCGGAGAGUUCCUCUACGACAAGGAGCGGGUGCUGCUCAAGGAAGUCAGGAACAGGUUUGGGACCGACCUUCAGAUCAGCGACAAGCUGUUCGUCAUGGACGUCGGAGCAUCGAACUCUAAAGACAUGAAGACACUGAGGAGCCACCUGCAGGAGCUACGGACCUCCAUUAUCUCGAGGUGCGGCCCCAUGACCUUGCUGUCGGAGCGUCUGCUGGCCGCGCUGCCCGCCUGGAGGAAGCUGAGCGGACCCAACCAGCUGACGUCCUGGCAGCAGUUUGUCAGCGACGUCCAGGAGCACAUCAACCCGCUGGCCAGCCAGGACCACCUGCGCACGCUGGCACAGCAGCUGCACAGCAUGGGAGAGAUCAACAUCAUGCAGAGCGAGACGGUGCAGGACGUGGUGCUGCUGGAGCCCCGCUGGCUCUGCAGCAACGUGCUCGCCCGGCUGCUGUCGGUGGAGACGCCCAAGGCCAUCCACCACUACAGGGGGCGCUACAGGCUGGAGGAGGUGCAGGCGCUGGCGCCCGACAGCGACGUGGACGAGCUGCUGCAGAUCCUGGACGCCAUGGACGUGUGCGCCCGCGACCUCACCAACCCCUCCAUGGUGGACGUGCCGGCGCUCAUCAAGACCAACGGUCUGCACCGCUCCUGGACCGAGGAGGACGACGACGAGGAGGGGCUGAUCUACGGCGGCGUGCGGCUGGUCCCCGCCGAGCACCUCACGGCCUUCCCCUGCGGCCUGUUCCACAAGCUGCAGGUCAACCUGUGCCGCUGGAGCCACCAGCAGAAGCCCGAGGAGGGGGAGGAGGAGGGCGGCGGCGGCGAGGAGAUGGACCGGGACAUCCGCCUGUGGACCAACGGCGCCAAGGUCAGCCAGCCCAGCGCCGAGGCCAUGGUGCUGCUGGUCAACCACGGCCAGGGCGUGGAGAUCCAGGUGCGGGGCCACGACGCGGAGCGGGCCAAGUGCUACGCCCUGCUGGACGCCGUGUGCAGCAUCGCCGAGAACCUGCUGGCCUCCACCCUGCCGGGCCUGCUGACGGCCAAGUACUACCUGAGCCCCCAGCAGCUGCGGCAGCACCAGGGCCCCGUCAUGGUCUACCAGCCCAAAGACUUCCUGCGCGCUCAGCUGCAGCGCGAGUCCUCGCUCACCAACACCAUGGGCGGCUACCGCGAGGGCUUCAGCAGCGUGCUGGCGUUCGGCUGCGCCGAGGUGUACCAGCGCGGCAGCCUGGGCGCGGACAUCCACGUCUCCCACGUGUGCCUGCUGGCGCGCCGGAAGCUGUGCCGCAUGCUGGACCCCCCCGACGCCCUGGGGAAGGACUGGUGCCUGCUGGCCAUGAACCUGGGCCUCACGGAGCUGGUGGCCAAGCACAGCGGCCCCAACGGGAGCCCCCCCCCGGGGGAGGAGGAGGAGGAGGAGGAGGAGGAGGAGGAGCCGGAGCCGGCGCCCAGCCCGACGGCGGCGCUGCUGCGGGAGUGGAGCGGGCGUCCCGGCAGCACGGUGGGCGUCCUGAUGGCCAAGCUGAGGGAGCUGGGCCGGCGGGACGCGGCCGACUUCCUGCUCCGGAGCUCGCCCAUCUUCCGGGUCGACGCGGAGGCGGCGGGCGCGGCGCCCGGGGGCUACGUGGCCUCCUGCCACGGGGGCACGUCGUACAACUCCAUCAGCUCCGUCGUGUCCCGCUGAGGCCAGCCGAGACGGACCCUGACUCGGACCGCGUGGAUUCAGAGCGGCGACCGUACCGAGGGGAGCUAUAUACUGACGACCCCCCCCACCCCAGAUAAAGUAUUUCGGUUUUCCCGGCCCCCGGCAGGAGUUUAGAGACCCGUCUUGAUGAACAUUAAGUGCGGCCUUUACCCAGAGACUACCUGCAUCUCCCUCCUCCAUCGCUCCGGGUCGUGGAGGUGGCCGGUUGAGUGGAUGUCGUGCCGAUGCCUCCCAUGUGAUGUAAAGACCCUGUUUUCCCAACAUGAAUGUGUCUAGAGUCACUCGAGUGUUCCCAGAAGGAAUAAUUUGCUCAGCUGCUUAACUUCUUAAUCUGUUGUGCUGCUUUGUUUUUUUUUUUUGUUUUGUGUUUUACAAUAAGCACACUCCCUUAAGACUUAAGACUCUCUUUGUUGCAAUCGGUCUAGUGUGUACACGUGAUAUCAGCCUCUUGGUUCACUGAGUUAUUUAGUUGCGGUCGUCCUACAGUGUAGGUGAUAUUAAUUGCUGCUGUACUUGGUCCAUUUCAGCCGACUCAUUCCCACCUCUGUUCCAAACGGUCUGGACGACGAUGGAGAUUCAGAUCGAUGCCGAAUGUUAUGUAUCUAUUUUUUUUUGUUGUUGUUUUUUUGGCUUGACUGGCUUUUAGCCCUUUUGCCCCCCCCCCCCCCCCCCCCCCCCCGCGCCCUACCCAAAGAUAAGCACAAUAUCUCUGUUGAAAGGAAAUAGUUGUACUCUUUAAACAUCAGAGGAGCUGUGCCUUGUUCAAACUUUUAAAGAAGACAAAUCAAUACAUUCCCUCAAACCUGGUUCCUAGUGAGAAAAACAAAGCAGUGCGCAAUGUUGUUUAGAUGCUGUUAAACGGAAAGAAGCAUUUGAAAAGUGUAUCAAAAGGCAACUUUAACGGCGGCAAACAGGGUAGAGUGGUGCACACAUACUUGAUAGUUUAAGCGCGCAUAAAGGGAUUACAAUGCACCAAACUUGCAUCACCCUGUAUCUUGAUGAAAUGUACAUGAAUGGUGUUGAAUUUUAUUAAUGAGGAGGUGAACCCUUUACAGCCAAAACCACCUGUUGAGUGGACCUGUGCAUGUGGAUAUUUUCCUUGUCUUGAUUGGUAAGAACUAUAGAGGGUCAAAUGUACUAGAACACAGCUUCUAGGGAAUAAGUUGUGUUGUUCCCAUGUAGACAUAAGGCCUGGCUUUAACUUCCCCCUUUGGGUUUCGGUGUGGUCUGACUUUCCCAAUAAUAGAGAAUAAUGUAUUUGGUACAGCCCAAAAGCGCCACCAUUUUACAUACCCUGGAAGUAAAAUCCAACUCUUUCUGACCCGCACUGACAAUUGGACUUUGACUCCAAUUUUCAACUUUUUUCUACCCCAUGUCUAAGGAAAUCCUUUUUGUUACAUGUCGAAAAUAGUGUUGCACACGUGGUACAGAAACAGGAGGUGUAUAGGUUUUUGAGAUUUAACAUGGAGGUUUUGGACAUAAUGGCACUUGUUUUGUGUGUGCCUUCCUUGCCAGCAUCCACAGUAUUCCCCCUCUUUGCCCAAGAACGUAAAUCUGAUGCUUCAUAUGCUACUGUUGGGGCUCCCUGACGAUUUCCAAUCUAUCCAGUGUACUUAUUGGUACAUUGUAAAUACCUAAGACCUAUGUGUUGCUUCUGUUUCUCAUGCCCACUUUUUUAUUUUGUGUAUAUAUAUAUAUAUAUAUAUCUAUAUAUGUAUACAGUAUAUAUAAUAUUCCAAGCGGUCUGUCCAAAUCGGUUGUUUGUAAAGAGGCAACAUGAAUGUACUGCAAGUGUUUUUGUUGUGAGUAUAAAAUAUUGCAUUAAAAUGAAAUCUUCACUCAAUUCCACUCUGAACUAGUAUAUACACGUACGAUCUGUUGAACGGAAAUGUCCCGUUAGGUUUAGACAUGGAAACCUAUCAUUUACCUGAGGCUGGGUUGUAUCUGUCAUAUUGUUGCCAACUGUUGUGUGCCUAUACACGCCUUGUUUCUCAAUCAUUUUAUACGCUUCAAAAAAUUCUGAAAGGAGAAAGGUUUUCCUUUUUCCUGCUUCAAAAAAAAACUUUGUAAAGGUUGUGUCUGAAUGAUACUGAUGCGUGGUGUGUCUUCUCUACAUUUCUCUCCCUCAAAGUUGGAGCGAGAGAAGAAAAGAAAAAUGGGAAUUGUAGGCUGACUUAUUUACCUGAGUCUUGUUCUUUGAGGUACAUAGACCGAUGAGCCAGAGUUUCGAGAAAGAGACAAGAGAUGUUAGCCUUGGCUAUAUCCUAUAGGCCUCCAGUAGAUUGAAUCAUAGUCUUUUGUUACAUUUAUUCAGCAUGUUUUCAACUGCAACAUUCAUAGUACUUCUGACACUUAACAGUGUUGCACAUUUUUAUAAUAAAUUCUUUACCCGA